UAAUAUGUUUGUGUAUAAGUGAUGGAUAUGAAGAGGAUUGCUUUUAUUUUAUUUUCUGUAUGUAUUGGAUAUAUUUGUUUUUGUCUUACUGAAAACAAAGACAAUUGUCGAAAAAUUUCCAACAAGUGCUGCUUUGUUAAUAAUAGUAAAGCAACCUGCAAAUGUCUACGUUAUAUUCCAUUUUUAAAUGAAUCUGUUUUGACUUUGGAACUAAGAUGGUGUUAUUUACCGCAUAUUACGAGACAAACUUUUCAAAAUAUUUCAUCUAACAAAAUCAUUCACUUAGCAUUUAAGAAAUAUAAUUCAAUUAGGACAAUAUCAACUGACGCAUUUUCAGAUUUUAAAUAUUUGAAGACCUUAGAAGUUUCCUGUGAAAAGCAAUUAGAUGUAUUACAUUUUAAAUCAUCAUUGAAAAGUUUGAACGUAUUACUAUUCAAAAAAUUGUUUUUAAAACGUAACGGCUGGACUUCAUUACCAGAUAAUUUGUUUGCUUAUUUAGCUGGAUUUAACUUGUCAGUUCUGUCAUUAGAAGAAAAUGGUUUUGAAAUAAUGAAUGCCUCCAUAUUUAAACCAAUGUCUGGAUUGAGGAAGUUUGUUUGCAAAAAAUGCUCUAUAACAUAUCUAAAUGCAAACGGGUUGAAGACAGUGGAAUCAAUUGACUUUACCAAUAAUAAUAUUAUCGAAGUACCAGAUUUUUGUGAUGCUACAGGAAAGCAUAGUCUGGCUCCAAUGUUAAAAUAUUUGACACUUUCAAAAAAUACAAUUAGACUUAUAUUACCAAAUUCAUUUAAAUGCUUACAAAGUCUCGAAACUUUAGUUCUCGAUGGUAAUAUAAUGAAAGAGCUGACGAAAAAUGGAUUUUCUACGUUGCCAAGUCUGAUAAGAUUAUCUAUUAACAAUAUUCCACGAUUGAAAAGAAUUCGAAUGAAGGCUUUUAAUAGUACCUCGCUUCGCAUUUUACAAUUUAGACAAAAUGGUUUUCGAUUUGAUAACGAUAAUACGUACCAUUUCCGGGACCUUUUUAUAAACACGUACAACUUGAGGAAACUGGAUUUAAGUAAAAAUUACUUGCCUCAUAAGAAACAGCAUGUUUUGGGGAUUAUUUCCCCAUUAAAAAAGUUGCGCAAAUUAUAUAUGGAAACUACUGGACUAGCAGAAAUCCCAGAAGGACUAUUUCAAAACAUGCCUUUUUUACAAGAAUUAACUCUAAUUGGCAACAAAAUAGCAAGAUGGCAUCCAUCAACAUUUGCAAAUAUGACGAAUUUACGAAAAUUGCAUUUGGAUGGAAAUCUAAUUCACAUUAUAAACAAGACGUCGUUUCCAAGAAUGUUGUUAAAUAAACUGGAAAUAUUUGAAAUUUCAAACAAUCCAUUUUGGUGUACAUGUGAUCAAAGAUGGUUUUUAGACAUGUUGCGGUCAACCAAUAUUACUAAAAAGAUUCGUAAUUGGCCUAAAUUUUACUCCUGUGCAUAUCCGGAGAAUCUAAAGAACUCUUUACUUGAUAGUUAUAGACCAACUGAUGCUGAAUGCGAGAUUAAUUAUUUUACAUCCAUUAUUAUAAUAGCUGUUUGCUCUGUUUUGAUAUUUGUUUUUUUCUCAGCGUUCAUAUUGUAUAGAUGUCACAUUAACAUAAAGAAUUUGCUUUAUUUUGCCCGUGUUCAUCACCGCAUUAAAAAAGGUUAUUUGAAACUAAUGUCGUGCAACGAUUUUGAUUUUGACGCUUUUGUCGUAUAUUGCGAUUCCGAUCGGCAGUGGGUACAUAAUGACUUGAUAAAAAGAUUGGAAGGUAAUGAAUUGAAAAUUUGUAUCCACCAUCGAGAUUUCCAGAUUGGAGAACCAAUCAUAAAUAAUAUUGAGAAAUUUAUGAACAAAAGUUGGAAAAUUAUCGUUGUUAUGUCCAAUGAUUUCGCCAAAAGUGAAUGGUGCCAAUGGGAAGUGAACUUAGCUCUAGAGAGAAGACGUCGUCAAGGCAUGAAUGCGUUAGUUUUAAUAAUGUACCGUCAGAUUGACUCUAAACAUAUGACAAGUGGACUAAGAACACUUCUAAACACAACUCCACAUUUAAUAUUUACAGAAGAUUUCGGUGAAGGUAUGUUUUGGAAUGCAGUCCUUAACGGUAUUAACAAGUCUUUGAUGUUACCACCAACGGCCAUUUUAUGAAACAGCUAAAAGUGUUAUUUGAAUAUUAAAUAUUUCAAAAAGAACAAGUUUGAGUUUGAUAUCAAUUUUAGUUAUCUUUUAAUCAAUUGUGUAGCUUUACUUAUAGGUUAGAUAAUACUUGGUCAUGUUUUAUGAAUAUUUAAAACCCAAGGGGUAGCCGAGGGGUUUAAAUGUUCAUAAAACAUGACCAAGUAUUGUCCGACCAAUUUAGAACAUAUUCUCACCUUCGAGUGACAUAACAAAAUUAGCACCUCCCAUUGUAAUAAUCAAACCUUAAUAUGAGCUCACUUAAAGUGUUAGCAUUGUUAGUAAGAGGGAUGUAAAUCUCGUUUAUGGUCAUUUCAACAUAUGGAAUGAAAUAGCAAUGAGAUAGUUUUGUGAUAAUACAAAAGGAUAAAUUAUUAAGAAAUGACGUAUUCAUCUGCUUCAGGUACAAUUUAAUACUUAUAAUUUAUAUAUAGAUUCCUUCACUUUAAAAAGCACACAAUGUUAUAUAAAUCAGCUUUUCUAAAGUUGUAUAAUUUUUAAUAAUCACAAACUUCAUCAAAUGAUUUUGAAAUUACAAUAGGUUCAACAUCAUAUGCUUACUUUUUUAUUGAUGAAUUUAUUGGGUUUUUUUCAAAAAUUCCUUUGAUUUUUUUAUCAACAGUAAUUGUUUCUUAAAAAAAAAAAUUUUAAGGUCUCGUAUAAAAGUUAGAUUUAAUAUUAUUUCAACUACACCUUUACCCCAUUUUCAAUUCUGUGGAAAUUGCCUCUGGGGAUUUUACACUUCGUUAGUGCAGUUUUUAAGAGUUCACUUCAUAAUUAAUCUAAAAUGAAAAGUCAUUCGUGUAAAGCAUUUUAUAGUGCAUGGAAAGCCAUGUACUAUGAACAUUAGAAGGGAAAAAUCUGAUUUUCCAUUGGACGAGAAGGGGUGAGUAUGUUCUUUGGAAACAUAAUAGUUCUUGUGACUUUCGCGUUAUUGAUAUCAUUACGUAUAGCAUUAUCAUCAUAAUUACCAAAUUUGUAAAUAUUCAUCAUAAAAGAAUGAGACAAAACAUAUCAUGAGGAUAUUCAAAACUCAAAAGUCGAAAAUCACUGACAACGCCGUGUCAAAAUUCAAUAAAAAACAACGAAAAGACAAACAAGAGCACAACACUCCAAAGAAAACUAAAGACUGAACAGCACAAAUCCCACUGAAACCUGGGGGUGAUCUCUUGUGCUACGUGAGGGUUAUCAGAUCCUGCUCCACGUGUGACAUCCGUUGUGGUACUCCUAUAUAAUAUUUACAUUUUUGAAAUACUAAGGCUUUUCUACCUCAGGAAUAGAUUACCUUAGCUGUAGUUGGCAAAAACUUUUAGGAUUUUUUGGUCCUCAGUGCUCUUCAACUUCGUACUCUAUUUGGCCUUUUUAACUUUUUUCGAUUCGAGCGUCACUGAUGAGUCUUUUGUAGACGAAACGCGCGUCUAGCGCAAAUACAAAAUUCCAAUCCUGGUAUCUAUGAUGAGUUUAUAUAUAAUAUAUUGAUAACUUGUAUUGAGUGAUUGAGUAACCAUGUAAACAUUUGAUAUGCUUCUUUACAGCUGUAUUGCCCACUCGGUAUCUUCUCCGUCUGUUUGCAUGAGUAUAUUUAAGUUAAAAAUAUAUAGAUCUAAUGUCAUUGUAAGAGAAGAUCUUAAUACAUUUGAAAAUCAGUUGGAAAACAAAUAUAUCAUAUUAUUUCUGCUUGCAGUUCAAGUUGAUUUAAUACUCUUUAUUUUAAAAAAAUAAAGCUUCUACAAUACUAAUACUUUUGUUAACCUUUUUUAUUGAGUUAUACAUAUAUAACUGUCUGGAAAUAAACGUUAAUGAUAUUGAAUAAA